AUGGAUGAUGUCAGACUGCUUCACCGUCAACUCUCGAAUGACAAGUGUUACUGGGUUGGACUGUCGAAUUCCGAAAUCGACAAAGACCAACGACUCUUUCGGGAACAAAAGGAGCGGAUCCAUCUUUGGGAGGAGAAGUUCGAGAAGAAGCUGGGGGGGAAGGCAAGAACGAAGAAAAGCAGGGCAGAUAAAAAGAAUGCAGAGGUUGUUGACACCAAUAGCGAGGAGGACACAGGCAACAAGGGAUCGACAGGGAUAGGGAAAAGGGUAAAAAAGGUUGGAGAGCAUGAAAAGAAGAGGAAGGGAGCUGCCAUCAAGGGUGCAGAGGGUCCAGUAAAGAAGAAAAGGAAAGGCGCAACUCAAGAAGGUAGCCGAUCCAAUGGGAAGACCACUGCAAGAAAGCCCACUACAACAACAACCAAGCCAGCCAAGAAAUGUACCACAGCGGCAAUGGUAGCAUCUCAGCUACCACCAACUACUUCGUUCAAGAGUAGGGCAACACUUUCUGACGUCGACGAAUCCGACGACGGUGACAAUCCUGCCCCUCCUGUAAAUGGUCCUCAACAUGCUUCCAGCAUCAUGUCGUCUGCCACAUCCACCAGGACCACUUCCAACACCAGCACGCUAUCCACUGCAUUCACUGUGCCUACCUCCAAUGGCAUUGCACCAUCUACAUCCACCAUGCUUACAGUUAACGGUAGUGUGUCACCUACUGCAUGCACUAUGCCCGCGUCCAACAUCAGCACGUCGUCCUCCACUAUACCUGGCAGUCGUUCAUUCCCAUCCAACUGCAGUGUCGAUGGCAACGUCUCCAACUCUCCACUCAGAGGGACUGGUGCUUCAUCCAUGUAG